UGCUUUUCUUUGUGGAUUUGCAAGAAAAGAGCGGGAAGUCAGGAAAAAAAGAAAAAUAUGCCAUUCUGAGCAUUUGUCGAGACUGCUUGAAAGAACGGAAAGAACUUCCGACUCGUCUGCAGAUUUGUUUCGAUUUUGCGAAACGCGUGCCCCUGACAAUGCAGCAAGCUGACCGGAAAACCUCUGGCACGAUGGUGUACUCUACGCCGCCCAUUCGCACCCGCCCGUUGAACCCGCCGGCCUUGGAGUACAAGAGCCGGCAAGGUAAUUAUGCUAGUUGUACUUCUGUGCAAUGCAAGUUUGCUGGUGACAAUGCAGUGAUCGCUGGCAGCGGCACUGGGGGAGGUGCGGCGCGCUACGACCGCUCCGAGGAACCCACGGGCCGCGUAACGGGCAGUCGCGACAUUUCACCGGAGCUUGAGUUAAGCCACUUGGAAGUAGGACGCUGAAAAUUUGGUGAGGCAGGCGAUGGAAAAAUUGCAUGAGUGGAAUUCAUUGAAACUCGACUUGCAAAAGAUACGUUGAGAUUGCGGAGAGAGGUUUGUAGCGAAUCAAUAUGUGUGCGAUGUAUGAGACCUGAAGAUUGAGCUCGCGCGCCUCAGGAUUUCAUAUGGAUUGCGGGAUGAAAAUAUCGGAGCGGCGGCGCGGAACCGAUCCAGCUAAAGAUGGGAACUUUUUUCGCAACGUAUUGCAGCACAGCUUUACAUUACUACAGACCCGAGAACUACACCUUACUUCUUUGAUGACCAGCCGGCUAAUGUAAAAGGGCUAGUUAAGGCAACAGGAAUUACUUUUUCCGACAUCGACAACAAUGAAGUUUUCUUGGUGGAAAUAAGAUAAACUAAAAAAUGACGAAUGUAGACAUGGACAGUCGAGUUGUAGUUACUUACAAGAAAGAGACCCGGACAAGAUGGAGAUGAUUGCUUUUUGAUAACCUGUUGAACUACUGAACUAUGAUUUCUUCCUGUAUCGACAUAUUGCUGGCGUUGGGACGAUCUAGAGCCUCUUGAAGGAAGAGAACCUGCAGGAGUAGGUUUUGUGAUUUUCCGAGGAUUCAGGAGGAACAGCAGUGCCGCGCACCGACAAACCACAGUGACUGCUGUUCUGGCCACGCAGCUGGACGAAUUUUCGAUCCACUGACUGGAAUCUUUUUUCCUUCUACGAUAGGCUUUAGCAGCAAGCACAAGCAGCUACACAAUGGAAGGUCUUUGAUUCAUCUCGUCAGGAUCCUGAGCGUGAAAAAAGUUGCUCGGAGUUUUUCUUGCGUCGUCCCCCCUUCUUGUAAGGGCUUCAGUAGACACAAUCGCUAGGUAAAUGCGUUUUCGGCACCGUUGUUUGUACAGCAGGACUGCUGGCACCACGAAACACUAAAGUGAGUACAAGUGAAUUAGAAUUCAAUUUCAAACCGCAGACGGACGCCCGAUCCGUCGCGGAAAUUUGUGGGGAAAAAAUUCUCCAGCUGUGACAGACCAGAAGCGCAAGAGCCGUCGCAGCAGCGAGAAUGGUGGCGGGUCACUCUAAGAAGAUGCGGAUCCGGUUCGGACUCGCGAUCACGAAGCGGCCGGACCCGCACUGGCGGCCGAACGAGGGUUUGUUGAAGGAACCGCAGCAGAUCCCCGUGCAAAUCAAGGGCUGGCCGCAGUUUCACGCGGAGUGGGAUUUGCACCAGAAGGGGGCGACCAACCGACUGGCGUUUGAAUCCAAGGUGGACGUCCCGAAGCGGCAGCCGGACGAGUACUGGACUUUUGAAAAUUGCCACGAGAUGAUGGGAAAAUUCCGUUUUCUGAUGCAGGUGGAGCUCAGCAGCAGACUGCUCGCCCGGAACUUCGGCGUGGGGGUGACGCCGGUCGACUUGUUGGAAAAGGAGAUUUUUCAGGCCGCGCAGAACCUCAACCUCGUCGGGUGGUUCAAGGCGCGAAAGAACUUUGCGCAGGGGCAUUUGCAGGGCGACGUUUUCGGGCUGGCGCAAAUGAAGAGGUGGUUUCUGGAGCACCACUUGGAUAAAAACGUGGGAACCGUGCGGUCCGCGGAGAUAACAGACGAAAAUUUUGCCAUCCCAGAACCGCUGGAAUACAAGCACUUGAUCUCCGUCAAGGACUGGCGAACGGUCACGAAAAAGGUGCAGCACCGGGACGCCGACUUGGAAACGAAGCGCCUGCGCACGCUCGAGACGCAGUCGCGAGUGAAGUGGCAAGAAAGAAGAGAGAAGGCGUUCGAGUCCGAACGCUUGCUGUUUGGCUCUUGAGAAGGUUGUGAUGCCAAGUAGCCUCACCGAGGUAGAUGAGAAAGAAACUCGUUUUGAAAUUAUAAGUUUUUUUCGUGCAGCUUCUGAAAACGCAAGGCAAGUAU